ACCACCACCUCCACCACCAUUUCCACCGUGCCCUUCGCUUCCCUCUCUUUACUUUUCUCUUUCACAUACAACACCAAAAACACUCACUGAAACCAACAUGGGUUUCAGGGUUUUGCUCUCGGUCAUGGUUCUUAGCUCUUGUUUGAUGAUCAAUGGUUUAGAUCUUGACCAUGUGAGCUGGACACAGGCUCCACACUACUCGCCGUCGUACCCCCCUACCGUAGCUCCUGCACCCCACCACCAUCAUCCCAAGCGUCCCGGCGGCCACCACCACAAACCUGCUGUUCCUCCUACGGCUCACACACCAACUGUAGCUCCAGUUCACCCACCAAGUGUCGCUCCGGUGCACCCACCCAGAGUGGCUCCUGUUCACCCACCGAUCAAGGCGCCUGUGCAUCCUCCAACCAAGGCCCCUGUACGUCCUCCGACCAAGGCGCCAGUGCAUCCUCCGACAAAGGCACCUGUGUAUCCACCGACCAAGGCACCUGUGCAUCCACCAACCAAGGCGCCUGUUCAUCCACCAAGUCACUCACCGGCUCCGUCACACGCACCUCUUCCGACACGGAGGCAGGUGGCGGUCCGUGGUAUGGUUUACUGCAAAGCUUGCAAGUACAAGGGUAUUGACACACUCGUUGGCGCUACUCCUCUACAGGGGGCUGUGGUACUCUUAACAUGCAACAACACUAAGUAUCCACUGAGGGUCAAAUCUACAACCGAUAAGAACGGCUUCUUCUUCAUCAUGCCACCUAAGACGUUGACCACUUUUGGGGUGCACAAGUGUAAGGUCACUUUGCUAUCGUCGCCAAAGGCUACAUGUAACACGCCCACCAACUUGCACUAUGGGAUUAAGGGUGCCACUCUAGUCCCUACCCCAAAGCCAAAGAUCGUACUUACGCCAGUGCUGCCCUUCGAUGUGUUCACAGUGGGUCCAUUCGCAUUUGAAGCCUCAAAGAAGACACGAUGCCCACUUUAGAUUAUAGAAGACUGGUUUAGUGAAGAAGGAGAAGUUGAGGGGUUUGAAGGCCUAUUAUGAUUAGUUUAAGGUGCUAAGUGUUAUUUAGAGUUGUCUGUUCUCCUGAUGUGAUGCUUAGUUGUUUGAGUUGUAGUUUGAUGAAAAGAUGAGGGAUUUUGCCAUGUAGUAUUUGGUUAAUAAAUUUGAAUGAAUAUGCUUCUUUCAAUAA